ACUUCCGCUUCCUGCUUGCGUACGGGCGAUUAAAGCGAAGGGCGAGCCAGGCGGGGUUGUUUGACAUCGAGCGGUGUGGGUCGCUCCUUGUGUUUCUGUUUUGUGUGGUUCGAGGGCUCUCUUCGUUUGGCCUUUUUUGGAAGGCAUGCUGGAGAAUGGGAGUGGUUUGAAUGUCCCUAACCGUGGGGAGGAAGGUGACAAGGGAGCGGCGGCGACGUCAGCCGUGGCGAAUGCACCGAGUCUCGACACGGUCUGUGAGGGGCACCACGUGGUCCUAAAGAGAGACGACGUGUUUAAAGCUGUGCAAGUGCACAGGAAGAGAAAAAUCAUCUUUGAGAAGCAGUGGUUUUACUUGGACAAUGCAAUUGGACAUAAAUAUGGCACGACUUUUGAAGUUUCCAUUGGUGGGGCACUCCAACCACGUAAAGCAAAAUCUGAAGAAAUUGAAGAACCCAAUGAAGCAGGUGUUGAUAACCGAAACAUAAUUGAUGAUGGCAAGUCUCAGAGGCUCAGCAGAGAUGAUAUUGAGGCACUUAAAGGGCAAGGCUUGAAAGGGCAGGAUAUUGUUCAACGUCUUAUAGAAAACAGCACAACAUUUAGAGAUAAAACUGAAUUUUCUCAAGAAAAAUAUAUCAAGAAAAAGAAGAAAAAAUAUGAAGCAUUUAUAACUAUCUUGAAACCCACUGCAAGAAUAAUGGCCAUGAUGUAUCAUUGCCGUGAACCAGGUAAAAUUUGUCAUUUACGUUAUGACACCCUGGCUCAGAUGCUCGCUUUUGGGAAUAUCCAUGCUGGCUGCAAAGUAAUUGUAGUGGAAACCUGUGCUGGCCUGGUACUAGGCUCUGUAAUGGAGAGGUUAGGAGGUUAUGGCUCUGUUGUCCACAUGUAUCCAGGUAGCAUGCCUAUUAGAGCAGCAAUGGAGAACUUUGGAUUUCCAAAAUCAUUUUAUGACCACCUGUAUGAUUUUCCUAUCAACAAAUUGAACAGUCUUCUUUCUGGAAAAUUUUCAGCUGAGAAUGAAACAUUACAGAAUCAAACCAAAGUUGAGUUGGGAGAAGGUAAUAGGAGCCCACUGAGCACACAACAGGGUGAUGGGGUGCUUUGUGCCAAGACCGUGAUGGAUAACAACCAAGCUGGGGAAACUGAGGCCAAGGAUGUUGCUUGUGAGGACACAGAAAAUAAAGAGACAAAUGCAGAUAGAAAAUCCAAUGUCGAAGAAAGGAAAAGUAAGCAAGAAGAUCGACUCAAGAAACUGCAGGCUGCUGCUGCUGUGCUUCAGGAGAGAAAUGCAGAUGGGUUAAUUAUUGCAAGUAGGCUGUAUCCUAGUCCCUUACUACUUUCUCUUCUGGAGUUUGUGGCACCAUCCAGACCAUUUGUCAUCUACUGCCAGUACAAAGAGCCAUUGCUCACGUGCUAUGCGGAUCUGCGAGAAAGAGGUGGAGUUAUUAACUUAAGACUAUCUGAAACGUGGCUGAGGGGUUAUCAGGUUUUGCCAAACCGAACUCAUCCGAAGUUGACAAUGAGUGGAGGUGGUGGUUAUAUCCUGACUGGUAUCACUAUUGCUAUGGACAGAGACAAAUCUGUUGCCAGUAUUCCUGAGCCACAAGAGUUUGAAGAAGCUCUAGCUAAAAGACAAAAAGUAGAAGAUUCUAUAAGUUAGCUGUCUGUCAUUCCUCAAAGCAUUGCUGGUUAUCCUGAAGCUGCUCAAUACUGGAACACCAUUGAAAACUUCAAGUCAUGGGUUUUAAAGAGGCUACACUCUGUUAAUGUAAAAUGGAAUUUGUGUGUUUUUGGAGGAAAGUUCAAAAGGUAUACUCAAUGCAGUGAAAUGUAUAAAUGUAUAUCAUUUGUAAAAUACUUAUUUUUGUGUGGAUUUAAAGGGGCAAGAAAGGAAAAGGAAUUAAGUAUUUUGGAAAAUGUGUACACGCUGAAGUUUAGCUCAAGAAGAGCAGGUUGCAGAACUCUUAUGCAGACAAUGCUGUUUGAUUGUUCCAUUUGUCUUGCCCUGCUGUAGGGCCUCCAACCUUAGGAAAUGAAGGUCCGAUUUAGUCAGAUUUGUGGAGCCCUAGGGAGAUACAACAUAGGAACAGGCCCUUUGGCCCAUCGUCUAUGCUGACCAUCAACCACUCAUUUACCUUGUUUUUUUUAAAAUUCCACCCACAUUCUACCACUCACCUACAUUCUAGGGGCAAUUUACAGUAGCCAAUUAAUCUUAUCAAUCUGUGUGGCUUUGAGAUGUGGGAGGAAACCAGAGUACACUGAGGAAGACCACAUGAUCACGGGAGAAUGUACAAACUCCGCACAGACGGUACCCGAGGUCAGGAUUGAACCCAAAUCGCUGAUGCUGUGAUUUAAACAUUUCUGUAAAUCAAGAUAUGAAAAUUAAUUUACUGCACUGAAUGUUUUUUGCUCAGUAAUUUUAGUGAUUUUAUUUAUACAUUUUGUCAUUGUUUUCAAGAACAAUUUAACUAUGUUGUCUCAUCACUUUAAUUAACUAAUGGAAUUACUUAAGAUAUUUUAAUCAAAAUUAGCUGCAUUUUAAAUUUUGUUCUGUCUGCGUCUUUGUGAUGUGUCCUAGUGCUUUGACAAACUGCAUGGAUGAAAGUACUGGCAUUAAAUUUCUUCUUUGCAAAUCUUGUUACUUUGAAAACUAAUUUAUUCUUUAACCCCUUUUUAAAUACGGGCUUUAAAAUCAACAGCUGCAUGUGUUUUCAGAAAGCAAAUUGUGCUAUAAAAGUUAGCAUGCAUUGAAGACUUGUUAUGUUGCUUUCUGGGUUGAAAACCAAUUUUCUUAAUUGUAAUAAAGAUACUUUCAUAUUUAAAAAUAUUCAAUUUAAAUUGCAAUAAACUGUAAUUUGCUAUAGAAAAUCA